UUCUUUUAUCUUGCUCUGGAGCGUUGUAAUUGUAGUUUAAGUGAUUUGAUUCAAACAUACUCAGAUUCUUCUCCAAAUCCUAUAUUUGAUAAGGAUCGAGCAACAAACUCAAUGAAUGAGUAUAAUGUUCAGUUGGAUUCAGCAACAGGACUUAGCAAGGAUAUUGAAUUGUGGAAAAGCAAUGCGUAUCCUUCACCCCAUUUGCUAAAACUUAUGAGGGAUGUGGUUUGUGGCCUAGCACAUUUGCAUGAACUGGGAAUCAUUCAUAGAGACUUGAAACCUCAAAAUGUGUUGAUCAUAAAGGAUCGAUCAUUAUGUGCAAAACUCUCUGACAUGGGUAUUAGCAAGCGCCUUACUGAAAAUAUGACUUCCUUGGGUGACAAUCCUACUGGUAGUGGUAGUUCAGGUUGGCAAGCACCUGAACAGCUCCUUAAUGGACGCCAAACACGUGCAGUAGAUUUAUUUAGUUUAGGCUGUGUCAUCUUCUUUUGCAUCACUGGAGGUAGACAUCCAUUUGGUGACCAUCUUGAACGUGAUAUAAAUAUUGUGAAGAACAAGAUGGAUCUUUCCCUGGUAAAGCAUAUUCCUGAAGCUACGGAUCUUCUCUUUCAGCUGUUAAACCCUGAUCCAUUAUUGAGGCCCAAGGCGAUGCAGGUAUUGCACCAUCCUUCACUUUGGAGUUCUGAGAAGCGGCUCUCAUUUCUUCGAGACACCAGUGACAGAUUACAAAUAGGAGAUAGAGGAACUAAAUCUGGACUCCUAAAGGCAUUAGGAAGUGUUGCACCUGUUGCUUUGGGUGGGAAAUGGAAUGAAAAGAUGGAAGCUGUAUUCAUCAAUUAUAUUUGCCGAUACAGGCAAUAUAAAUUUGGUAGUAUUCGUGAUCUAUUACGGGCCAUGCGAAACACUUUGAAUCAUUAUGGAGAACUACCAAAAGAAAUCCAGGAAAUUCUUGGACCAGUUCCUGAAGGAUUUGAUGGUUAUUUUUCAUGUCGAUUCCCCAGACUCUUAAUUGAGGUCUAUAAAGUUAUAUACAAAUACUGCAGGGAAGAGGAAUGCUUUUCAAAGUAUUUUAAGGAUAGUCUCUUCUAAUUUUAACCUUCUUCUAGCUGUCAUGAAGUGUCCUAACGUAUUGAGAUGUUUCAUUU